UCCUCCUCUAUAUGUUGUGUGCUCAAACCCAAAAACGAGCCUUAUCUUGAGUAAGAGGUUUUACUACGAGCCAUAACAGUCCAUGGAGGGAAGAUGGAGUUGUGGAUGCUUCUUCUUCUGCAUUUACACCUUGGUAAUGCUCCCUGGAUUGGAGGUGGGGAGGAAGUAGGGGGUUUACAUGUGGUAUGUGUUUCCCUCCCUGAACCUUCCAACGUCUCCAUCUCCUCCUUCAACAUGGAGCACACACUGAGCUUCCUGCCUGGCCACGAGACUCCCUCUGACACCCACUUCACUGUUCAAAUCCUCUGCCCCAGGAAGAAGAAGAACAUGUGGAAACCGGUAGCUGCUUGUUCAGAGCUGACAGCUGGACAGACAUGUAAUCUAACUCAAACAUUUAAGGACCCCUUCGAUCACUACCGUGCCCGUGUCCAGGCCUUCACAUCCACACAGACGUCCGGCUGGACUGAAUCAGGGUGGUUCCAGCCUCUGUCAGACACUGUGUUGGGACUUCCUGAUGUGUCUGUGUCAGGCUGUGGGAACUGUUUGGUUCUGCAGCUCAGAGUUCCUUCAAUGAAGAGAUUCCAGCAGCUGAGGGACUUGUAUAGAGGACUCAUCUUUGAUGUGCAAAGGACCUGGGAUGGUGCACAGUUCAGACUGAGUUUGCCUUACAAAGAGGAGCACAUGAUUGCGUACCUGCAGCCAGGUGUGGAGUACUGUGUGAACAUCUCUGUGACAUCACUCUUCAACAACAGCCCUGUCUCCAGUAAACCUUACUGUGCCUUCACCAGCCCUCCUCCAUCCAGAAGCUCACUGUAUGUGGUCUUCAGCCUGCUGGGUGCAUUCUGUGUUUUGGGCUUUCUCCUCAUUGGACUGGUUCUCCAUGGUGGUCAGCUGAGCUUUGAAUCACUAAGACAGCACCUAGCUAGAACUCUGGUAACAAAUCCAACUGUGUGUACUGGGACUUUAAGUUUCAGUUGUUCAUCUUCAUCUUAAAUUUUGCACUCAUAAUACUUUAUAGCCACAGAGAGUGCAUUUUCCUCUGUUGUUUAGAUGAUAAUCAAUCUGAUCAGUUUGUGUGAUUAGUUGGAUUUUGAAGUUAGAUCCCACUUUAAUUAUUAAUGAUCAUGUAAGAACUUGCUAUUGAUAUAGUGAUCAGUAGAUUCAUCAAUUAGUCAAUCAACAGAAUAUCCAUCCAUCCAUCCUUCCAUUUUCAUUCACUUAUUUGGGGCUGGGUCAUGGGGGCAGCAAGCCAAGCAAGCACUCAAGACAUCCCUCUCCCCAGCAAUGCUUUCCAGCUCUUUCCAGGGGAACCCAAAGUGCUCCCAGGCCAUGGCCUCAGACUUGGAGGUGCUAACUCAUUCCAGCUACUUCACACUCAGCUGUAAACCACCCAAGCGCAUGCUGCAGGUCAAGGUGUGAUGAAGCCAACAGAACAACAUCAUCUGCAAAGGCCAACACCCACUGAGAAUGUGUUUGACUUUACGCUGAGUAUGCAGACACAGCUCUCAUUUUGGUCAUACAGGGACCAGCAAGCAUGUAUCAGCGACCCUGGUACCCUGUAAUCCCACAGUGCCCACAUUGGGCACUAGCCUGGUGGCUUGGUAUUAAUCCACCAUUGAAAAUAUUCUCUAAAUACUGCACUAUUUUAUUCUGUUUGAGGAAUGUUCAUUAAAAACUACAGCAGCCAGCUGUUUGGGAAUUACUGAAUCUUUCUCUUAAAUAAAAUAUAUAUUUUAGUUGCUUUUAAAGAUUUAUGUCUUUAGCACAGACCAGUGGGCUUGACACUGAGGGCCACAUUUGUAGUAAAGUAACAAAGUAGAGAUGGUCUGACACAUUGUUAGUUUUGGUCUUUUUAUGAUAUGUGCUAACAUUGAAACUUAAAUAAAAUAAAAUGUUUUUACACUUUAAAGACACUGUUUCAUAAAGCACCGUCUCACUCACUUUAAUGUUUGUUUAACUGACUCAUAAAGUAGUCAGGUACAGUUUGAUGUCAAAUGUAUAAGAAUGCAUGACACUCAAUCUGAGCAACGAAGUCAUAGGAAAAAGAAAGCAUAAAAAUUCAGCAUAGUUCACUACCCUGAUGAGCUGAAGAUAACAUAAACACCUGAUGAAUAAAGAACUGUACACUGAGUUGCCUGA